AACAAUAUGGAUACUACAAAUUCAACGUUGCUGCCCGUAUUUGUUCUCACGGGACUUCAGUAUCCACUGGAGUGGCAAAUCCCCCUGUUCCUGGUGUUCUUGAUAAUAUACCUCAUCACCACUGCGGGAAACCUUGGGCUAAUUUAUCUUAUCUGCAAUGACCCUCAACUUCACAUUCCCAUGUACUUAUUCCUUGGGAGUUUAGCCUUUGCGGAUGCUUGGAUAUCAUCUACGGUGACCCCUACAAUGCUGGUCAAUUUCUUCACAAAGAGUCAAAUGAUAUCUCUCACUGAAUGCAUGGUACAAUUUUUUUCCUUUGCAUUCAGUGCAACCACAGAAUGUUUUUUGCUGGCAACAAUGGCAUAUGACCGUUAUGUUGCCAUAUGCAAACCAUUACUGUAUCCAGUGAUUAUGAACAAUAGACUAUGCAUCUGGCUGUCAGUCUCAUCAUUUGUAGCAGGAAUUAUUCAUUCUAUGAUACAUGUAGUCUCUUUAUGCAGGUUGACCUUCUGUAAUUCUAACAUAAUACACCACUUUUACUGCGACAUCAUGCCAUUGUUUAAGAUUUCUUGUACUGACCCUACAAUUAAUGUUCUAAUGGUAUUUAUUUCCUCUGGGUCAAUACAGGUGUUCAGCAUUCUGACUGUCCUUAUCUCUUAUACACUUGUUCUCUAUACAAUUUUAAAAAAUAAGUCUGUUCAGGGCAUGAGGAAGGCCUUCUCCACCUGUGGAUCCCAUCUCCUAUCUGUAUCUUUAUACUAUGGGCCUCUUCUUUUCAUGUAUGUGCGUCCUGGAUCUGCACAAGUAGAUGAUCAAGAUAUGAUGGAUUCCCUAUUUUACACUGUCAUAAUUCCUUUCUUAAAUCCAAUUAUCUAUAGCCUAAGAAAUAAGAAAGUCAUAUAUUCACUGACAAAAAUGUUAAGGAGAAAUAUUUAA